CAGGCAUCGGGCCCCCAGGCGAAGCGGCGGGCGCCGGACCCCCAGGCGGGGCGGCGGGCGCCAGGCCCCCAGGCGGGGCGGCGGGCGCCGGGCCCCCAGGCGGGGCGACGGGCGCCGGGCCCCCAGGCCAUCAGGCACGACAACGGGCAUCGGGUCACCAGGCAUCAGGUCAGUUGGCUCGCCAGCGGGCACCGCGUCAUCUGGCAAGGCAGUGGGCACCGAGUCACCAGGCACGAUAGUGGGUUCCGAGUCAACUGGCAUUGGAUCGUCUGGCUCGACAGCGGGCAUCGGGUCACCAGGCAUCAGGUCAUUUGCUCGACAGCGGGCACCGCGUCAUCUGGCAAGGCAGUGGGCACUGAGUCACCAGACACGACAGUGGGCUCU